GUGACGUGCACCGGAAAAAGAUAGGACGCAAACGCAUCACGUAAAGCAAAACAGAUGCCACCACAAGCACAAAUCAGCGACCGAGGACGUCAACGGAAUUAGCCAAAGGUCAGCUCACCAGGCGGCAGACAUAGCUAUGGCCCAGGAAACCAAUCAGAGCCCAGUUCCUAUGCUCUGCCCCACCGGCUGUGGUUUCUAUGGCAACCCUAGGACUAAUGGCAUGUGCUCUGUGUGCCACAAGGAGCACCUGUCAAGACAGAACAAUGGAGGAGUCAGUUCUUUGAGUACUGUGGGCAGCAGCAGUGGCCCCACAGCUGAGGCUUCUGCCAUCCAGAGGUUAGAGGCCACUUUGAAUAAUGCUGCAGCUGCUGCAGUCGCUGCUGCAGAGGUGGCAGCUGAGGCCGCCGCCUCUGCUGAGGCUGUUGCCACCGAGGCUCUCAGUGGGGUUUCAACUACCAUUUCUGUAACACAACAGAUGACUGAGAUGAGUCUCUCCUGUGAGGAGAAAGGUGUAUCAAGGAGCAAAGUAGAACUCACAGAGCCAGUAUUGAGUCAGCCCACAUUCUCAACCUCCCAUCCCUCCACUGCUGGCAGUGAGGACUACAAAGCCCCAGAGCCCCCAAAACCCAAGAAGAAUCGAUGCUUUAUGUGCCGCAAAAAGGUUGGCCUUACAGGUUUUGACUGCCGCUGUGGGAAUCUGUUCUGUGGACUUCACCGUUAUUCCGAUAAGCAUAACUGUCCGUACGACUACAAAGCUGAAGCUGCUGACAAGAUUCGCAAAGAGAACCCCGUGGUUGUUGCUGACAAGAUCCAGAGAAUAUGAAGAGGACUCUGUUUGACUUUGAAUGCGAGAGAAUAUGGGAGCGAUUGGCUUUAAAAAAUGGACUUGAGUCCCACCUUCUUCCUGAAGAACCUGCCCCCCUUGUUUGUUACACAUUCAGGACUUUUUUUUCCCCCCAGUGCAUGAAAGUUCACACAUAUUUUCAGCAUUCAUUCUUGUUUGUGUGUGAGUUUAACACCUUUGGAGGGUUGUAUUGAACAAACAAAGUGUGUAUGUGAGGAUGGGAGAGUCCAUAUCAUGGGAAGCGACUGAGAGAGAUUGCUGAAGAAAAAGUCAUUGCCCUUUUAGAAAAUGAUGAUGGCUGCCCAGCCAGUUUUGUGAUCCUCCUGAGAUCGCUUGAACUCUGCCUGGAAAGAGCUUGGGCACUUGGGCCUGUUUGGACUCUCAGACUGUUACUGCUGUUGGCUGAUGGCGCCAUCUCAUCCGUGCUUGCACUCUGCUGGCUUGAGUAGCAAAAUUGAUAUUGCCAUUUUUCCCUUUUUUUUCUUUGUUUGGUCAGAGUUUAACCCUCCUUACUUGUCAGACUUUGCGUCCUGGUAAGUUUUUAUCAACCUGAAAACGCUUCUCUGUGCCGCUGGAAUCACCCCCCCCCCGACACACAGCUCAGACAUAUUGCUAAAGAUACUUUGAAAAAGAGACUUUGUUGCUAGCCCUUUCUUGCUGGCUGACAUUCCUUCCCUUCUGCUGUGUGUUUGCGGCACUAGAAACACAACGUAGUUUGACAGUUCACUUCUAGUUCUCUCCUGUUUUUGGGCUGAAUGCUGUGACCCGCUCUGUGCCCGGGAUCUGGAUGGCAGGCACGUCGACUUCCUGCUCUUUAGGUCUUUAAAACCAUCCACUGAAGUCACGUGAUGAUAUGUGUCACCUGACUGUUUUAACAUUUUUUUUUCUUCUUUUGUUUGUUUUCCAGAAAAGUGGUGUGUAUGCUGUGUUUUGUUGUAUGACAAGUAGCCUAAACUUGUAUUAAUUUUUGCCUUUGGAAGGGUUUAGCUCCACUAAUAUUUUCGUCUUUUACUUCACUAUUGAAUGUUUUCCUCUAUUUUUAAUGUGAGCUGACAAAUUCACAACUUUGGGAGUGUUGGAUUGUUGCAUACUGUUUAUCAAACACAAGUGUGUGUUUGUGGGAGUAGAUGUGGACGGCUGGAGUAUUGUGUGAAGCUAAGUGGUUGUGUGCCGCAGUGACUUAGUGAGACCUGUGUUCGUAGGUUAUUAAUAAUUAUCAGUUUUUGUUGAUUUUCGGUCUGGCUGCUUAAUCUGUUUGUUUUUGUUUUUUUUACCAUGUAGUUAUGCAAGUUUGUACAAACAUCUUUAUUUAUAUACUGCAGUGCGCAUAAUCCUCCAAUAAUACAGAAUAAAUUGUAUGAUGUAAAUAAAUUAUGUUCACAAAUAUAAAA